CAAAGGGCUUCCCUUUCCAUUUCCGAACUCCGCCACCCGUUCACAAAGUACACGACAACGCCUCCUUUUUUUAUAAUGAAACAACAAAAAGAAACAAUUGAGGCUUGUUCGGUAUUAGCUCUUGGUCGCCCGAGCUCAAUGCCACAGAAUUAUUCUUCGACAGAAGAUAUUCAGAGAAAAUACAUUCCUUAUUAUAACUCUGACUUGAGUUAUUCUCCCGCCUCUAUGAUAGAGCCCUUCUCUCUAUCUACGGAGGGUAAUUAUUGUUAUUACCCUCCAUUAUUCUCAUUAGGGCCACCAACUUCUCAUACUUUGUCUCCGGAUUCUUCAUCUCCCGAAACUUGUUCAGAUCUUGACCUUGAUCUUACUGAUAGUUUCUCGGCGGACUCUCCUCCUUCUUGUUUUACUGAUCCUUCAUUUCCUAUUAAAAUGGAGAAUCUACAUAAUAGUUCUUUACAUAAUGAUCAUGAUUAUAAUGUCGCAAUGGCCAUGGCAAAAGAAAUGCCAAUGGGUCAUUACUCUCCAUAUACUCAAGGGCCAAUGAUUUCUCAUCCGUUGGAUUGUUUUACCAUUCCAACAGGUGCCGAAUCUCCUUUUGUCGGUGUCCUACAAUCACAAGAAAAGAUUUCCAAUUCGACCGCAGAUCAAUUAUUCGAAAUGGAUGCCAAAUCUUUUUUUCCGCGUGAAUUAGCUGCUCUGGAUGCCAGAGAUUAUUUUAGUACCGACAGUUUGGCCUCGGAAGCUGCACGACGUAAAUCACUUGAUGACGCUAUCUUUCUCCGCAAGAUUGCUUCAACUCCUGUGAAGUCUGAAGUUGCCUUCCAACAGCACAAUCGCCGCAAAUCUGUAUCUGGUAAUGAGUUAACUCAACGUCUUCAUAUUGAAACUUUGGGUCCCUCUACCAAACAGCAAAGAAAGUCUACAAAAUCGCUUGCCCCUUUCGCUUGCCCUCAUGAACAUUGUCCGAAAACUUUUACUAGACAAUAUAAUUUAAAAUCUCAUCUUAGAACCCACACUGAUGAACGACCUUUCGUAUGUAAUUAUCCUGGUUGUCCUCGAGCCUUUGCAAGACAACAUGAUCUUAAACGUCAUCAAAAACUACAUCUUGGUUUAAAACCCCAUGUUUGUGGUAAUUGUGGUCGCGCUUUUGCGCGUUUGGAUGCAUUAAACCGUCAUCUAAGAAGUGAUAAUGCAACUCAAUGUGCUCAAGCUACAUUGGCCAAUCCUACGGCAGGCAAGCUAUUUAAAUCUGUUAACAUAUAG